UCUCCUCCAUUUUUUAAAUUGUCAAUAGCAUUCGUAUUCUCAGUCGCCGGCAUCCACAAAUAAGCGUCCGCUGGCUCGUUGAAAGAGGCGGCCCGACGAACAUGGACAAACCGCAUCAUUCAAGCCCGAACCCGAGUCAAGCAUCGCCACCCCCGCCGCCGGUGCGCCACCAGAGCGAUAUGGAGGAAGACGAUGAGACGGUUAAGCAGCUGAAAGAAUGCUCUUCUCUCUACUUAGCACUGCAGGAUUGCCUAAUCAAAACCAACAGGAAUUGGAAAUCAUGCCAAUUGGAAGUUCAAGCUUUGAAAGAAUGCAAUGACAGAAGAAAGAAAGAAGGACAGGAUGAAUUGAGAAAAUAAGCUGAGAAAGUGAUAGAGGUCAGAAAUUGAUGUAAACAUUUUCGGAAGCGGACUUCAUAAGUUCAGAGACUAGAGAAUGGAACAAAAAACAGGAAGAUUCAACCGUCAUCUGUAAAGGGAUGCAACUAUGUUGAAAAGGCAAUUAUCUCGUUUGCAAACAUAACUGACGGGAUUAAAUAUAUGACAGGGUUAUCCGAGUUUUCAAGAAACUACUCGAGUUUUAGCAAAAACAACUCUCUGGGGUUGGAUCGAUUGGUUGAAAGGCCUGAAAGAGAAUGUUGUUUUGGUUUUCACCCGUGGACAAACUUGACUUCGUCUGUAGGUGUUUGGAACCCCUCACUUGUGAAUAAAAACAUGGCUCAAAUGAGCACAUUUUGAUUUUAGUCUUUCCAACUGAAUCUGACUGAAAUACAUUCGGCAUAACAGCACAUACAAUGGAUCGACUGUAUGUAAUCACGGAGCCUUUAAUGGCUCCCAGGAGACACUCGAAGAAAGCAAGCCAACCACAGCAAGAGUUAAAUUUGGUUGUGGAUUUGUCCAGAGUAGUUCAUCCACAACCAGUGCAAUUAUAGAUCCCGUCAUCAUAAAACUUCUUGUACUCUCCAGUGCCACGUGACCUGUAAAAAACUAUACUAUCAGUGGAUGAUAUUGCAUUUGAUGAGAUUUUAACUUCAUUUU